AUGCGCAAGGCGUGGAACAUCCGAACCGGCCGUACACAUACCGCAGUUUGGUGGAGGCUCAAGCAUCCAAGUCGGGCACUCGGGUACCUUACUUACACACACACCUCUUCCCAUUUGGUGCUUAUGGCUUGCAGGAUCUGGGGUUGGAGGAGCUCCUGUAUAAGCCUGCAAGGCGCUCACUCAUCGUCCCCAUAUCGAACCAAGAACGCCAUCAAUCCCCUCUCCUGUGUAAGAGCUACAGCGAGGAGUCCAGAAGCCCGCCCUGCGAACCUAAAAACCCAAUCGGUCAUCUCGGCAUCUCAAAAAACAUCAAACUCUCCCGUCUCUUGCCUGGGAACUUCAGCUGUGCCACUUGGUUGCCCCGCUAGUCGAGCCGGUGGUGUGGCCCUCCCUUUCACCGACCCUGACCAACCAGCUGCUCAACAUGACAUCUCGCUCAGCCCAUCCCAUCUUAACCGGCUAGGCUGGGUAUAUGCAAGGUCCCCAAAUCAAGACUCAAUAUUCGGAUCUUUUUCCAUUGUUCGAAGAGAGUCAUGAGAUCCAACCCGUGAGAGUUUGAGGCUGUGAGUGGACGGCUGAGGAGGAUGAGGAUGACUACCUAAGGGUGGUUGGGUGGAAUGUGAGAAGUGAUAAGUAAAUAUACCACACACUCUGUUGUCAUCAGGGGCAUCAUGUCAGCAAACGCCUAGCUUGAUCCCUCAUGGUACGACGGUGCGGUAGAAGAUGUCCAACAUCCUGACGAGAAAAGAUCCUUGGUUCGUCAGUCUGGUUUUGUGAAUGCCCUCUGACUACAAGAUGGACGAGGACUGUGCUGAGUCCGACAACCGAAGCAGCCGCGCUGACAUGGUUGCCAGACAAGCCAAGGUGAGGAGAAGUCGUCA